UGUCAACAUGGACGCUGUCAUAAACGCUUUUUAUUUUGUACUAGUCAACAAGACACUUUAAUAAAUCAAUAAUGAGAGAUACUCUCAUUUUUUAUUAUAUUGAAUAGAAUGUAACUACAAUUACAAUCAGUCGUUACCAGGAUUUGUUUUUUUCAUUACUAAAACAGUAAUUAUACUAUAAACAACAUGACAUCUGAUAAAGUUCUUUAUAAACUUGAUCAUCCUCAUGGUCCUGGUAGUGUAUUUAUUUCUUGGAGACCCGGUAAUAGUACACAUCUUGCCACAACUGGUUGCGAUGGAGUUGUAUCAAUUUAUGAUAGACAAGGAGAAAUUCAAGAACGUAUACAAUUGAUGGGACUGUGUAGUGGAUUUGGAUGGGAUUUUGAUGGAGAUAUCCUGGCUAUCAUAACAAAUAAUUCGUCAACGAUUAUUUUGUGGGACGCAACAACUAACAAGAAAUCUCAAAUUGAUGCUGGUGUACGAGACACAUUAACAUGUAUGAUGUGGGCAAAACAUGCUUGCAUUCUUGCAGUGGGAACACAAAAAGGAAAUCUUAUUCUCUAUGAUCAUUCUAAUGCUAGGCGGAUUCCUAUCUUAGGAAAACACAAGAAAAAAGUAGUAUGCGGUGCGUGGUCUUCAGAAGGUAUCUUAGGACUAGCUGGUGAAGAUAGAAUUCUGACAAUAAGUACAGCUGAUGGAGACACACGACGAGAAAUUCAACUACAAGGUGAUCCACAGGAUUUAAAAUUUGGUGAAAUGAAAACAGAUAGUCGCACUAGCGGUGAAAAUACAAUAUCUUUGAUUAUUGGAAAAGUAACAUUAUUACUUUACAAUAUUCGCGAUCCAGACAAUCCUAUAGAAUUAGCAUUUCAAAAAAGAUAUGGACCAAUAGUUACAUAUAAAUGGUACGGAGAUGGUUAUAUAUUAUUAGGAUUUGAAGCUGGAUAUUUAAUUUCAAUAUCCACGCAUAUUAAAGAAGUUGGACAAGAAUUAUUGCAAAUAAAAAAUCAUCGAGAUUCUUUGAAUGAUAUUUCAUUGAGUUUAACCGCUAAAAAAAUAGCCACGUGCGGUGACAAUACAUUAAAAAUACAUGGAUUACAAAAUAUAGAAGAAACUGAAAAAAUAAUUACAAUAAGUGGCGAAGCUGCUGUAAACAGUGUUGAGUGGUCAGCUGAUGGUACGAUGAUUGCUGCUGUAACUCACAGUGGCAAUGUAUUAAUUUAUCUUGCUCAAAUACCUAAAUUAACGAGCGUAUGUGGUAAUAGAAUAGCAUUAUUAGCAAGCUUAACAGAAGUUAUUGUCUAUCUUUAUACGCUAGAUGGUGAUAAACCGGAACCACAGACAAUUCAUACAAUAAUUGAACCGUCAAUACUGUCAGUUGGCCCAACACACCUUGCAGUGGCUGUUAAUAAUCGGGCGCUUUUUUGGAAUUUAUCUGCGGGUCAAACUGAUCGUGCUAUUCAUAUUGAAAGAGAUUAUUUAUCAUCAGUUGAAAGUAUAUGUUUAAAUGAAACUUAUACUUCUGUAUUAUAUGAUGGUAAAAUUCAAUUACACACAAUAAAAACAGAUCCAGCAUUAAUUAAAGAAGAAAAAGAUAAUAAAGUAUUUGCAGAUCCCAGUUCAUCUAACGGCAGAAUAACGUGUCAUGCUCUUUCAGCAGAAUUCUUAGUAUAUGGUACAGAUAUGGGACGAAUUGUUUAUUUUUGUCUUGAUGUAUUUAAUCAUUCAACCGAAUAUUCUCACAUAAGUGGAAUUAAAAAUAUUUUUAUGGAUGUUACUGGCACCAAUAUGUGCUUCAUUGAUGAUAAAAAUGAUAUUUUUAUUUACAAUCCAGUUGAUGAAAGAAUAGUUACAGUACCAGACUGUCCUGAUUCACCCGAAGGAGUUAUUUGGGAUCAAAAUAUUUACGAAAGAUCAAUAUUUGCCAUUUAUAAUAAAUCUUUCAUUUCAACUUAUAUAUUUAUUAAGUACAAUAUUGAAGGUAGUAAAGUUGUUAAAAUAACGACAACAAAACUUCCGUCUGAAACAUUACCACUAUUAAUGUACGGUGGUGAAGUAACAUUAGGCGUUGCCGGUGGUAAAUUAUUACAAAUAACUUUAUCAUCACACGAGAAUGUUGGUAAUAUUGUUGAAAAUAAAAAAAUAAUUGAAAUACUUGACAAUCAAAUAAAUUGCCAUAGAUAUCGACAAGCUUGGAAUACUUGUCUUACUUUAAAUGAUAAAAAUCAUUGGAUUAAAUUAGGAAAGAGUGCAUUAGAAAAUUUGGAUAUUGAAAUGAGUAUUAGAGCUUACAGAGAAAUACCGGAUGUAUCGAUGGUUUGGGCAUUACAAAAACUUGAAAAUAUUGAAGAAUUGUCAUUACUUUGUGGGCAUAUUUGUCUUUUGUUGGAAGAUUACAAUAAAGCGGAAAAAUUUUUCCUCGAAUCUUCAGAACCCGUUGAGGCAUUGUAUUUACGUCGUGAUUUAAUGGAAUGGGAGCAAGCGUUAAUUUUAGCACAAAAAUUUAAACCCGAUGAAAUACCAUUUAUAUCACAAGAGUAUGCCCAACAAUUAGAAUUGACGGGUAACUAUCCAAAAGCUUUAAUUAAUUAUGAACGUGCCCUAUCGGCGGUUAAUGAGAAUACAAUGACUACUGAACAAUUUUACAAUCAUCGCAUGCAGUGCUUAAGUGGAAUUGCGAGAACUUCAAUAAGAUGUGGUGAUAGUCGUAGAGGAGUGGCCAUUGCAAUGGAAAAUGAUACUCCACGUUCUGUAAGAAAAGAAUGCGCUGAAAUAUUAGAAAAUAUGAAACAAUUUACUGAAGCUGCAAUGCUUUAUGAAAAAUCUGAUUAUUAUGAUAAAGCAGCAUUAGCUUAUAUAAAAUUGAAAAAUUGGGUUAAAGUUGGCCAAUUAUUACCACAGAUAUCGGCACCAAAGAUAAAUAUUCAGUAUGCAAAAGCUAAAGAGGCUGAAGGAAAGUACGAUGAUGCUGCUAGAGCUUAUGAAAUAGCUAAAGAUUAUGAUAAUAUUAUUAGAAUUAAUUUGGAGUAUUUGAAUAAUCCUGGACGUAGUGUUGAAAUAGUACAACAAACUAAAAGUAUUGAAGGUGCUAAAAUGGUUGCACGUUAUUUUCAAAAAAUGAAUGAUUAUAAUUCAGCAAUCAAAUUUUUAAUAAUGUCUAACUGUCAUGAUGAAGCUUUUCAAUUGGCUAAUCAACAUGGUAAAAUGGAAUUAUAUGGUGAUAUUUUAGUUAAUACAUUAGAUGACGAUAAUGUAAGAUUAGAAGACUUUAAAAGUCUUGCUAUACACUUUGAAACACAAAAAAAUAGUUUACUGGCGGGAAAAUAUUAUUUUUAUGCCAAAGAUUUUCACAAGGCUUUAAAACAUUUAUUAAAAGCUGCACAAUUGAGUACUGACGACGAUGCUGCUCUUUCACUAGCAAUUGAUACAAUUGCUGUUUCAAAAGAUGAUAAACUUGCAAAUCAGUUAAUCGAUUUUCUACUUGGAGGUGACGGCUUACCAAAGGAUCCAAAAUAUUUAUUUCGUUUAUAUAUGGCACGAAAACAAUAUAAAGAUGCGGCAAAAACUGCGAUAAUAAUCGCUAAUGAAGAACAAGUAAAUGGAAAUUAUCGUAAUGCUCAUGAUGUUUUAUUUGGAAUGUAUCAAGAACUAAAACGUAACAAAAUUACAAUACCACUUGAAAUGAAUAACAACUUACGUCUUCUACACUCGUAUAUUUUAGUUAGAUUACAUGUUAAAAGAAAUGAUCAUUUACGUGGGGCAAGGAUGUUGAUAAGAGUUGCCAACAAUAUUUCCAAAUUUCCAUCACAUAUUGUACCAAUUUUAACGUCAACUGUUAUUGAGUGUCAUCGUGCAGGAUUAAAAUAUGCAGCUUUUAAUUAUGCAGCUAUGCUUAUGCGUCCUGAGUAUCGUUCGCAAGUAGACAUUAAGUACAGCAAAAAAAUUGAAGCUAUUGUUCGUAAACCACCGAGGUCUAAAGAUCAUGAAGUUGAAGAUGAACCGUUAACACCUUGUCCCUAUUGUAAAAAUCGAAUACCAGAAACAGAAAUUACUUGUGAUAAAUGUAAAAAUACUAUUCCAUUCUGUAUAGCGACGGGCCGUCAUAUAAUUGAAAAUGAUUUUACUGCAUGUCCUCAAUGUGAUUUUCCAGCAAUAAAGAGUGAAUUUUUAAGAAUUAUUGAAACUGAUGAAUUAUGUCCGAUGUGCAAUGAAAAGGUUGAUUUAAGAAUGAUACCCCAAAACAUCAACAUCCGUAUUUAUCUUGAUAUGCAAGAUGAACAAUUUAAUCAAAUACACUGAUAAGACUUGAGUUUUUUUAUUUUUAAGAUCCCAGUAUAUGAUAAAAAUUAAAAUAUUUAGUGAUAAAGGAAACAAUCCGUCCAUAAAUAAUAUUAAGAAAAGCCUUAAGUAUUACUUUAAGUAAUGAAAUGAUACUCACGUACUUUUACACACUUUAGAAUAGAAAUUGUGAAUACAAAAAUAUUUUGACACACUUAAAAAAAAUCAAAUUAGCCUUAAAUUAGUCAAGUUUUAAAGUUUUAAUCUAUUGAUCUGUUUAGAUGUUUAUUUACUUUGACUGAUGACCAUUUUUUUAAUAACAAAAAAAUUUUUUUAAUUAUUAGAUAUAAUUCUCAAUAAUAAAGCCAUUCAAUUUUCAACAGUACAAGCACUUGAAGUACAAGCAAUUGCAUUGUUAAUUUAUAAAUUUUGGCCAUUAUGUAUUAUUUUAAAAUAAUCAUAUCAUAUUUUAUUAUAGUUUAAUGAUUUAAUGAUUUAAAAUCAUUCUCAUUUUAAUUAAUAAUUUUUUUUACAUUUAUCUGAUAUCAAAUAAAAUUAGAUAUUUUUAUCUAACUACUAUUUCUCUAUUUAUUUAUCCCUACU